AUGAUUGAUCUACGCUCACUAGAGAGCCUCCAGCUACCUUCCCGAAAUAUCACAAUCGAGCUUACCAACCUCUUCUUUGACCAUGUCUACCCUAUGCUACCCUGCUUUCACAAGAAGAGCUUCUUGUCCUUCGUGGAAAGCGGUAAGCUAAAAGACGAGGCGCCAAUGUUGCUGUACGCAAUAUGCUGUAUAUCAGCUGGAUAUCACCCUGAUGACACAAUGAAGAAGCGUUCGAAAGAUUGGUAUGAGCAAGCAAAGUUUUCCUAUGAGCUCACUCGCCAAAGACCCAGUCCCGCUCUACGAACGAUUCAAGCUGUGUUGCUUCUCACCUUCCACGCUUGGACGGUGGGAGACUUUUCUUCCAGCUGGAUGUUUCUAGGCAAAGCAUGGAGGCAGGUGGUUGCGCUUGGUCUAAACUGUACGGAUACUGUACGCGCUCCAGCUCAAGGUGCGGCUGCUUCAAACACAGACACUGGUGGGGAGGAGACCCAUCAAAUUAACAAAGAGGAAGAAAAGACUUCAGUUGAGAGAGAAGAGCAUUGUCGGGCUUUGUGGUUACUUUUAAUUAUGGAUCGAUCGCAUUCAUGGCCAACGGGCUGGCCGGUCGCUAUACCCGAGACGCAAUUUAAAGUCGACCUACCGAAGCCUGAAUCAGUCUUCCAAGCCAUGGAUCCAGAAUCAUAUACAACUGGCUAUGCCAACACGCCCUUUACGAGGAACCUGUCGGACCUAAUAAACUCAUCGUCAGCAAAAAACCCACUGAACAUCUUGUACUACAUAACGGUUGCACAUGUUCUGCUUGGGCGAGUCACAGAACUAGUACAGUCCCUACAUACUUCACCGGAAUCUUCAGAAUAUGCAGAAGAUUGCGCCAAGCUGGAUACUUUUAUCGUAAAGUUCCGACUAUGGCUGCCCCGUCAAGCAAACUCCGUCCUAGCAGCUCCACCGGCAGAUCGCGAGCAUGUAGUGUGGCUGCAAGUUACUUUGAAUGCCAUGGCGAUAAUACUACACUAUCGCGUCCAAGGGCCUGAGUCGAGUUCAGGCCCAUCGUCGCCAUUCAAUCUUGCUGUAAUCGCGGCUCGCAACAUUGCACAGAUCAUCAAAGAUGCGUCGCGUGUUUCGGUUGACCUUUUGCUUUCCGCACAUAUCGGAUCAUCCCUGUACAUUGCCGCAUGUGUUCUUGUAAUACAGUGGCGUCUGACUGAGGACGAGAGUUUAAAAGAUGAAAUCGAUCUCUUCGCGCUGGUCUUCGAGCGAAUGGACGAAGUCUUCAGCUUCCUUGGCCUAAAAUUCAAAUCAGCGCUGCAACAAGACAUGAAAAAGAGUCGGGAAGAAUUACUCAGUCUGCAGCAGCGGGGUUGCAGAGGCCUUUUGGCAGAUUGCAAGAGGUGGGAUCACGCUAAGAAGGAAGUUGAGCGCAGAGGACUUGAAGUUGAUUUUUCCUAA